GUGUUUUUGUUGGGCGACGUGUCAUUUACAGGCAGAUCUCCGAUUUUCCUCGUCGACGAUCACGUUUGUGCAAAUGUUGGAAAAAUUCUAAGGACACGGUCUCGAAAUCCGUGCAGUUUAAGCGCAACCGAAUUGCACACAGCCGCGGUGUUCGCACUUGGAAAAGUCCCAAUUAGCUGACCAGUUUAGUGUUUAUCGUGGAAUAGCGGGCGUACGCGAGUUCCGUGUGAUUUUCUCCACGUCUUCGUGGCGGUCGCGGAUAAACUGCACCAGCAAAAACAAUCACAAUGAAUCGACAGGCAAAGUUCAUGAAUCGGCGGACGGCCGGCUACAGCAGUCUUAUCACAUUCGCCGUGUUAAUGAUUGCCUGGCUCUCGGGCUUCGCGUCGAGGCUGUUUGCGGUAAUUCGGUUCGAGAGUAUCAUUCAUGAGUUCGAUCCGUGGUUCAAUUACCGCGCGACCGCGCAUAUGGUGCAGCAUGGGUUCUACCAGUUCCUGAAUUGGUUCGACGAGCGCGCCUGGUACCCGCUGGGGCGGAUCGUCGGCGGGACCGUGUACCCCGGCCUGAUGAUCACGUCCGGCGGCAUCCACUGGCUGCUGCACCUGCUGAACAUUCCCGUUCACAUCCGCGACAUUUGUGUGUUCCUCGCUCCAAUUUUCAGUGGCCUUACUGCAAUCUCCACGUACCUGUUGACGAAGGAGCUGUGGUCGCCGGGAGCGGGUCUGUUCGCGGCCAGCUUCAUCGCCAUCGUCCCCGGCUACAUUAGUCGUUCCGUGGCCGGGUCGUACGAUAACGAGGGCAUUGCAAUCUUCGCCCUGCAGUUCACCUACUUCCUGUGGGUGCGAUCCGUUAAGACAGGGUCCGUUUUCUGGGCCGCAAUGGCAGCUCUCUCGUACUUUUACAUGGUGUCCGCCUGGGGCGGCUACGUCUUCAUAAUCAACUUAAUCCCACUUCACGUGUUUGUUUUGCUUAUCAUGGGACGCUACACGCCACGUCUCUUCACCAGCUACACAACGUUCUACAUUCUGGGCCUCUUGUGCUCCAUGCAGAUCCCGUUCGUCGGCUUCCAGCCCAUCCGCACGAGCGAACAUAUGGCAGCGAUGGGGGUGUUUGCACUCCUUAUGGCCGUCGCUUUCCUGAAGUACCUACAGAGCGUCCUGUCCAAGAGCGAGUUCAAGAAACUCUUUAUUUUCGGGUCGUUGUUCGCGGCGAUAAUUGUCUUCGCAGCCGUUGUACUGCUCACGCUAAUGGGAGUGGUUGCACCGUGGAGCGGUCGUUUCUACUCGCUCUGGGACACAGGAUACGCCAAGAUCCACAUCCCCAUCAUCGCUUCCGUUUCGGAACAUCAGCCGACGACGUGGUUCUCCUUCUUCUUCGAUCUGCACAUUUUGGUGUGCGCGUUCCCGGUGGGGCUGUGGUAUUGCAUCAAAAAGGUGAACGACGAGAGAGUGUUCGUUGUGCUGUACGCGAUCAGCGCUGUUUACUUUGCGGGCGUUAUGGUGCGGCUGAUGUUGACGUUGACACCUGUUGUUUGCAUGCUGGCGGGAAUAGCGUUCUCGGGGUUGCUGGAAGUGUUCUUGAAGGAGGACAGCGCACCGAACAAGCAGUCGAGCGAGGAGGCUGACGAAAGUGCCGUGGAAAAGAAGAAUAUGUAUGACAAGGCUGGUAAAUUGAAGCACCGUCCCAAGCACGAAUCGUCUCAUGAAUCGAAUGCCGGCAUUGGAUCCAACAUCAAAAGUAUUGUUAUUGUUGCAAUUCUCAUGCUCCUGAUGAUGUUUGCUGUCCACUGUACCUGGGUCACCAGCAACGCAUACUCAAGUCCAUCUAUUGUCCUUGCGUUCCACAACAGCCAAGACGGAUCUCGUAAUAUUCUUGAUGAUUUUCGUGAAGCUUAUUACUGGCUCUCACAAAACACAGCAGAUGAUGCGCGCGUAAUGUCAUGGUGGGAUUAUGGCUACCAAAUAGCUGGGAUGGCAAAUCGUACUACAUUAGUGGAUAAUAACACAUGGAACAAUAGUCAUAUAGCUCUAGUCGGCAAAGCAAUGUCAUCGCCUGAGGAAAAAGCCUAUGAAAUUAUGACAUCGCUUGAUGUUGAUUAUGUUCUAGUAAUUUUCGGUGGUGUAAUUGGUUAUUCAGGCGAUGAUAUCAAUAAAUUUUUGUGGAUGGUGAGAAUAGCAGAGGGUGAGCAUCCAAAGGAUAUUCGUGAAAGUGAUUUUUUCACAGAACGGGGAGAGUUUCGUGUCGACGCUGAAGGCGCACCCGCUCUACUUAAUUGCUUAAUGUACAAAUUGAGUUACUAUAGAUUUGGAGAAUUGAAAUUAGAUUAUAGGGGCCCUUCAGGUUACGAUAGAACAAGAAACGCCGUAAUUGGAAACAAAGAUUUCGACCUUACAUAUUUAGAGGAAGCGUAUACAUCAGAACAUUGGCUUGUGAGGAUCUAUCGUGUCAAAAAGCCCCAUGAAUUCAACCGACCUGCCUUAAAAGUGAACGAAAGGGCGAUCCCUCCCAGCAAUUAUAUCUCCCGAAAGACAUCAAAACGGCGGAGAGGUUUCAUCAAAAACAGGCCGGUUGUCGUGAAGGGGAAACGUUCGAAAAAAUAGAAAUGCCACCCUCAUCAUAUAAAUAAUAAAUUAAAUAAAGAUUUAAUUUAGAAUGCAAGAUGCGACAGAACGAAUAAAUGGAAAAAUGAAAUUGAAAACAUUUUUAUAGGAGACAAAAAAAAAAACAAAUCAAAUUAAAGUAAAUCGAUUCUCUAAGCCUAACGCUGAAACCAAAAUCGGUUUAUUCUACGUAGACAUAUUAAACAAAUUUCUUCGUCGGUUCUUCGUUUCCUACCAUCUUAAAUCUAUAUGGUUUGCAGUGGCCUUAAAACAAUUCUGUAAAACAGCACCCAGUUUUUCUGAAGGUCAUUUACAUGUGUAUGUUCACAAUCUUCCUAGUUUUUGUGUUUGUCUUUUCUGCACCUUUUCAUCUCCGCCUAAUUUCUUCUCUUAUGUUACUUUUUCUCAAUAUUUUGUGUUCGCGUCACGUAAAUCUAAAUAUCCUAAUCGUUAAAAAUGUAUUCGUUAAUUAUUUCCUUCCCACCUCAUGUUCGUGUGUGUUGUAUGUUCUGUAAAUCCCACAAACAAAAAAAAAAGAAAAAAUAUUGCGAAUUUUCUUCAAACAUGGAUUAUAUGUCAUUUCACAAUUUGCAGCAACUAUUUUAUUGUUUUAUGUGUGAUAUAGUUAAAUAAUUAACUAUGAAACUGAAAUCGAUUCGAUUCGUUUUAGAAAAGAAAGUACAUAUAGUUGUGGAUAUUUGGUUUUUUCCUGUUUCGUUUAGAAGAAAAUCUAGCCCAAGAUGUAAAAAAUUUCGUUGCACUUAUAAGCGAAUAAUUAUUUUGAAUGAAUUUAUUUUCAGAUGAAAUCAUGUUUUUUUAAAUGUUCUUGAGGUGUAAACGGAUUAAUUUAAUUAGUUAAUAAAGGGAAAAAUUGAAGAAAA